AUGAGACCUAUCCUUCUUUCCGGGCACGAGCGUGCGCUCACCCAGAUCCGAUACAACCUCGACGGUGACCUCAUCUUUUCGGUCGCCAAGGACCAGCACAUCUGCGCGUGGUAUUCUCACAACGGCGAACGCCUGGGAACGUACCAGGGUCACGUGGGAGCCAUCUGGACGGUAGAUGUCGACCCCACGACGACGAUGCUGGCGUCGGGCUCGGCCGACAACACGAUCCGCCUGUGGGACGUCAAGUCCGGCCGCUGCCUCAAGACGUGGGAAUUCCCCACGGCCGUCAAGCGCGUCGAGUUCAACGAGGACGGCACCAAGCUGCUGGGCGUGACGGAGAAGCGCAUGGGCUACCUGUCCAACAUUGUCGUCUUCGAGAUCAACCGCGACGUCGACGCCGAGCAGACCGACGAGCGCUUCCUGACCAUUGUCUGCGACGAGUCCAAGGCCACCGUCGCCGGCUUCAGCUACCUCGACAAGUACAUCAUCGCCGGGCACGAGGACGGAAGCAUCAGCCAGUACGACGGAAAGACCGGCGAGCUCAUUGACAAUGUCCCCAUCCACGAGCUCAACCAGCCCAUUGUCGACCUCCAGUGGUCCUCUGACCGUACCUACUUCAUCACUGCCUGCAAGGACAAGACGUCCAAGCUCAUCAGCGCUCGCGACCUCGAGGUUCUCAAGACGUACACAGCCGACACCCCCCUCAACAGCGCCUGUAUCACCCCAAAGAAGGACUUCGUCAUCCUCGGCGGUGGCCAGGCCGCCAUGGACGUCACCCGCACCUCUGCCCGCCAGGGUAAGUUCGAGGCCCGCUUCUACCACAAGAUCUUUGAGGACGAGGUCGGCCGUGUGCGUGGCCACUUUGGUCCCCUCAACACCGUCGCUGCCGAUCCCACGGGCAAGAGUUACGCUUCCGGUGGUGAGGACGGUUACGUCCGCGUCCACCACUUUGACAAGGGUUACUACGAUUUCCUCUACGAGGUUGAGAGGGAGCGCAUCAACCGGAUGUCUUAG